CACUGCAUAUGCAUAUAUACAUAUUAAUGCUCAAGAGAUCACUUAGACAUUUCUUUGUUUUGGGUUUCAAAACUAUGAAAUAACACAUAUGGCAUUAAAUAAUUAUGUAACAACAACAACAACAACAGUAACAGUCAGUUAUUAGUUUAAGACAUGAAGGUCAGCUGUUCUGGAUCAGCUCACACAAGAACAGUAUUGUGUCGAGUGUGUUUGUAAAACCCAUCGAGCUCUAUGAUGAUGUAACUGUCUCUCAUGAAGACCAAAACUGAGCUCUGCUGCAGAGGAGAAGUUCAUUUAGAGUCACCAGCCUCAGAAAUCACCAAUUAACAACCAGCACCUCAGAUUAGAGCCGUUAUGAAGCUUUACAGAGCAGAAGGAGCAGAUAAACAUCUCAAUAUCAACUGUUCAGGGGAGAUUAUUGUGUGUUUUGGGAUAAUAAACGCCUUCAGUGUUGUUUUACAGCGUAGAGAGAAAUAAACAUCAGGGACGACCAUGGACUUAGAGGGGUGUACAAACUUUUGAGCAGUAGUAUGAACCGCUCUUUCACAAUUUGAGCCGGAUUAAUCCUGACCUUGUUAUAUUGGGAUACACUCCGUCCCAUCAGUGAAGAAGAAACCCUCCAUAGAUGUGAUCCUCUGGUGAUUCAGUACAUUCAGGUGGUCAGCUGACUUCAUUUUAUUGCCCCAUAACGUUACUGAGUCUAGACCUGAGUAACUGAUCAACCCCAGAUCAUAACACUGUCUUGUACAGUGGACACUGAGCAUGAUGGUGGAUCACUGGGUGAGGCUGGUAACCCUGAAUCAACUCCUCCUGGACUCGUCUUUAAAACUUUAUCUUUAUCUCAUCUGUGUUUAACUGUCUGAUUAAUGAACAUGGAGUGUAUUUGGCUGCCAACAAAAUGUGAUUUCUUUCUAUUAAUACCUUAGACAGAUUGUCUUCUAUAUAAACUGUACUGUAUAUACACACACACAACUCACUUACGUGUAACAUUAGGCCCAUAAGAGAGACGCGCUCUUGGAUCAUCCAAUCAUCAUGCAGCUUCUCAGUAAAACGAGCCAAUCCUAAAGCAGAACGGCCUGGAUCCCGCCCCCACACCCACAGCGUUAUGAUUGACUUAUGUAUUGACCAAUCCAGAGGGGAUGCUGCGUGUCAGAGCCAAUCCUCGUGCAGGAGGCGGGGCUUGAGUGGAAUGCGGGUGAAAGCCUCUCACUCACCCGAGUUUGUCAACACAGACAUGGCGGCCGGGAUGGAGCUCGCACCCUUCAGGCAGUGGGAGGACUUCUUCCCCGGGAUGGACAGAUUCGCUAAACCAGAUAUAAAAGACUUAAAUAAAUGGAACAACAGAGUGAUCAGUAACCUGCUGUAUUACCAGACCAACUACUUCGCCGCGGCUGUGGUGAUGUUUCUGAUUGUUGGGUUUAUGAACCCCAUCGGCAUGGUGCUAGGGGGCGCCGUGGUCACGCUGGUGUUCAUGGGCUUGGUGUGGGCCGGAGAGAACAAGGCCGUGAUCAAGAACUUUAAGAAGAAGAACCCGUCUCUGUUCGUCAUCAUCGUCCUGGGAGCGAGUUACUUCCUGUUGUCUCUGUGUGGAGGCGUCAUGGUGUUCAUCUUCGGCAUCACGUUCCCUCUGCUCUUGAUCCUGAUUCACGCCUCUCUCCGUCUGCGUAACAUAAAGAACAAGCUGGAGAAUAAGAUGGAAGGAGUGGGACUGAAGAAGACCCCCAUGAGCGUGAUCUUAGACCUGCUGGACCAACAGGAGGAGAAAAUUAACAAGAUCCAGGAUUUCAUCGAGAGCAAGCUGAAGGACUGAGCGCCGACCCCGUCCUCAUUACUCGUUACAGAACGCCGCUACACCCUGACGCGUCCGUCUCCUUCCGCAGUGCGUGAUGUUCGUGUUUAAAGCCAUCUGAAGAUCCUGAAGAGCUGCAGCACUGAAACUCCUCCCACAGCACACUCCUCCCACAGCACACUGCGCUCCCGCAUCCCGUCACACUCGGCUUUCACUUAUUUCCGAUUCGGAUUGUUACCAGUGCUCCUACUCAGGAAUACUCUAUUAAAUCAAAACUCUUUAUUUGUCCGUCUAAAACAUCAAGUGAUAAGAAUAAUAACGGCCACACCCACUGCUUUGUUAAUUCUCUAAAAACAAAACAGGCACCCACUUUUAUUCUGCAGUGAUGCACACACACACACCUCAAUUUACACAACAAAUAAAAACACGAAAUACUACCAUUGACUUCUUUAUUUAAUAAUAUAAUAUAUAAAGCUAUAAUAUAAUUAUAAUAUUACUUGUUUUUAUUUGUUGUAUAAAUUGUGUGUGUGUAUGAAUGUGUUAAUAAUCCAUAAAGGUUACAAAAUGUAAAACAUUUAAAUAUUACUACAAACAUUUCUUUAAAAAAAAUAAAAAUUAAUAACAAAUGCUACAAAAAUGUUGUGCCAAAACAAAAUUAUUAACAUUAUAUAAAAAAUUUAUUCCAAACCAAAAGUUGAGAUUUCAACUAAUCAAAAUUAUUUUUAAAAGAAAUUCCCCACAAAAGUUGAAUACGAAAAUUUCUAAGCGGAGUUACUAUAAUUUCAGAAUCUGAAAUUUCAAAUCGUUCUUAAAACAUUUUUUUUUCAACCAGGUUGUAACUAAAAAACUUAAAAAAAAAAAAAAAAAAGGCCCCAUGGUCUUUACACUGAUAGUAUGAUCAGGUGUUAAUAUGCAAAUUUUUCUUCAUCCCUAGUGUUCCACUUGUCUGUGUAACGUGUUCACUCGUCUGAAACACUUUUAACGUGACAUUUGGCCUGCGUUCACACCUGCAUGUUUAUGUAAAUUAUUUCGGAUUAUCCUGAAACAAGUAAAACAGGAGUGCACAGCGUCUCGGAGGUCUAAUUUUUUAUGAACGCGCUUUAUAAGUUUUGUAUUUUUCUUUUCAUGCCUCGUAUCUGGGUAUCUGGAUUAUGACUUAGCAUGGCCAGCUAAUCGAAAUGCGCUAGCUUACCUUUUCUUCACCUAUGCACUAUUAUUCUUAUUUGCACAUUUAUAUUCGUGUCAUAGAGGCCAUUAAUGAAGAAGAACAAAAAGAAACAAAAGCACUUUUGAAUUGAAAGAUUAUAUUUUUUCUGUUUAUAAACUUGAAUUUGCUUGUCAUGAUGAAUGUUAUCGUUUUCAUUAUGGUUUUAAGAGAUGAGAAAUAAAAUCUGCACACUGCAUGUUAAAAUGCAUUUACAGUGGCCUGUUCCUGAAAAAAAAGUUACAGAUUUUUUAUUGAAACGUCUAUAUUUGUGAAUUACCCUUAUUUAUUUGUUGGAUGCAUUAUUCACAACAAAGCAAAACACAAUCCUAUGAUAAACAUAGUUUUUUUUGCCAGCUUUGGGAUUUAAACUUGGAACCUUCUGGAAUUUAACUAAUGCUAAUUUAUAGUCAUUUUGUUGCUACCUCAGGCAACCUGUAUCAAUCAAAAGAACUUAAAUGAAUCAGACCGACUCAUAUGGAUCAACAGAACUUAAUGAUACAUAUGACCCAAAUGAAUUAGAAAUCAAACUCCUCACAACUAAAUCCAGAAUUCUGUUACGUUCAGAUCUUUUUAUUUAAUUAUUGUUUUGCGAGCUUGUUUUCCUUUUGGAGUUUAAAAAAUGAUUUUAGCCAUUAUUAUAAUCCUAAAUCUCUUCUAUUUACUUGUGAAAGUGUUUAAACAAUCUCACACUGAUGGAUCCGUGAGAGAAAAUGAAGAUGCUCUGUUUUUAAGCUAUGCAAGAAAUAUAAGGAGAGCUUUUUAUUCUCUAAGGAUAAGUUUUUUCUUUCUUUGUUUUUUAUAUUACAUAGAUCAUUGCUGUUCCUCAAACCGAACUGCUUUUACAAUCCGCUUUCAUGUUUGUCCUUCAUAAGGGAAAAAAGUUGCAUCUGUGGAUUUAAUAUGGUUUAAGCCUCCUUUAUAACCUUCGACUGUCUUUAUUUUUUUGAUGGGAACUGAUGCAGAGUUAAUAAAAGUGUCUGACGGACUAAAA